AAUGAAUGGGCGAAGCAGGCAAAUAUAGAAGCGGACUGACUUGAAUGCGCCCGAGUUUUGAAACAGCUGAGUUGACCACGUUGAUUGGCCGCCGGGACGAUGAUCGGGGAAAAGGCUGCGGACGAAUGGGUGGCCCGGAUGGCAUAUCUCAAACCACCGGGAUGGGAAAGGGUUGAAACAGGAUCUUCAUGGAAUGUAGAUUGGUUGACUAGUGGUUACUCGGGAAGGGGGAGUGCUGAGGUCAUUCGGAAGGAUCAUGUCUCGACAAGGAGGCAAGGGGAGAGAUGAAGGAGGCAGAGAACGAGUAAGUCAAG